AUGCUCGCUGUCCUCCAGACAACAUCCAAGAUCAUGCAUCUUUUCGCAUUCCUAUCGUUUCUGCUUGUUGCCUUCUCAGUCACAGAGGCAUGUAAUACAGGCAAGACUGGUUAUUCAUCAAUCAGAAGCAGCGCCGCCUUCCAAAACCCAAAGCCCAUCGAGCCAGCAGGUAAGGCUUUUUGUCGGCAUCAGUAUAUUUUACACGCAAGGCAAUUCACACCUUUAAAUUCUAAUAUUCCGGCAAUGUAGACGAGUAUUCAUCCAAUGCUCUAUCUACCACGUUCCGACGCCAGUUGGCAAGAAGUGGUGUGUGUGCAUGUUCCUCCUACUUGCACAUCUUCACGCAAAGGAACUUCACCCCACAAGGACUAGGCAUAUUAAAUACUGUCGUAGGCCAGACGCACAGCCUAUAGUGACCGGUCUGCAAUGCUUCCAUGGUUGGGCAACCAUCUGCAUCAGUGUGUCGAGGAAGACACUUCCAGCGUAAACAAGGCAUUGCUUAGAUCACUUGUGCUAAUUACUCCCAAGAUACGUUUGAAUCAUUGCCUUUUUAAGCAAAAUGCAAACUGAGGAUAAUAAAAUGUCCUUCCAUGAUAACCAAACUGUCUUUACAUUUUUCUCCUUCAAGAUAAUCAAAAUGCAAUUCCUGUGGGGAAGAUUAAUAUGUGGUAA